GAGGACAAGCAGCAGCAACCAAUAGGAUAUACAAGGCUCCCAUCGAGAGCAUAGGGGAGAGCACAAUGGCCAUCAACUUUUCGGCCUCGUUUGCGGCCUGCAUAGCGGCAGGCCUGAAGGUGCCCCGCCAGAUCAUGUACUGCAUUACCCAGGACUCGGGACAGCCUUACGUCCUCUACAAGGACUCGCAGGACGCGGAGCGCAACCCGGGCGCCCUCGGGGCGAGCGCCGCCCAGUGGGGCAGCGACAUGUACCCCAACAUCCAGCAGCAGGCCCAGCAGCACCUCAACGCCCAGCAGCAGCAACAGCAGCAGCAGGCGCAACAGCAACAGAAUGCGGCACAGGCUGCCGCCCAGGCCGCCGCAGCGGCUGCAGCAGCGGGCCAGCCACAGAGCCCUCCGGGCGGGGGCCAGGAGCCCCGCGAUAACGGCAGCGGCGACGGCCGCCAGCAGCAGGUGUCGCCCUCGUCCAGUCCGUAUCCCUCGGUCCAGCAGCAGCAGCAGCAGCAGCAGCGGGCGAAUGCCGGCGGCGAGGAGGAUGCCAUGAACCACUCGUUGCAGCUUCAGCAGAACUCCGCGCCAAACCAAAACCAAAGCAGCAACGACCCCCAACACUCCGGCUCGAAUCCAGGGGAGGCGGGCAACCCGCACGUGCAGCAGAACGGGGGUGGCGGCGGCGGACCACAGGGCGAUCCCAGCAAUGGCUUCCAGACGCCCGACUACUAUGCACCACGACACGCGGCGCCGCAGGGCGGGAUGCUGGCUCCACCCGGCUUCCCGCCGCUCCACUAUCUGAACAAGAGCGUCCUGCCGAUGGAGCAGAGCGGGGCAGGGGGCGGAGGAGGCGGUGGCGGCGAGGCCUAUUCGCUGCCGGAGCUGCUGCCGGGCCAGCAGAAUGGCCAGCAGAACGGUAACGGCGGACCGUCGAACGCGAAUGCCAAUGAAGGCGCCGCGGCGGCCAACGGAGGGGCGACGGGUGCCGGUGUGGGGGCGGUUAGCGGAGUGACAACGGGCGGGCGGACGGGCAACGGUCCGGGGCGUCCGCACAAGAACAAGCCACACAGCGACCUGCGGCUGUUCAAGUGCCUCACCUGCGGCAAGGACUUCAAGCAGAAGAGCACACUGCUGCAGCACGACCGGAUCCACACGGACGCGCGCCCCUUCCCGUGCUCGGAGUGCGGCAAGCGCUUCCGCCAGCAGUCGCACCUCACACAGCACCUGCGCAUCCACGCCAACGAAAAGCCCUUCACCUGCCCGUACUGCUCGCGCAGCUUCCGCCAGCGCGCCAUUCUCAACCAGCACAUACGCAUCCAUUCGGAUGUCUCGCCACACCUCAUCUUCAAGAACGGGCCGCACCCGACGCUGUGGCCCUCGGACGUGCCCUUUCCGGGAGAGGAGAACGACACGAAGGGAGACAUUGCCGGUGCCGGCGGCGGAUACCAUGACGACGACUCCCAGGGCACGCCAGACGGCAGCGGGGGCAUGCAUUAUCCCUCGUACUUCAAGGACGGCAAGGGUCAAAAGAUACUGCCCGAGGUGCUGCAGCACAUCGGUGUCCGUCCGGCGAACAUGCCGCUCUACGUCCGGUGCCCCAUCUGCGACAAGGAGUUCAAGCAGAAGACCACCCUGCUGCAGCACGGCUGCAUCCACAUCGAGUCGCGGCCGUAUCCCUGCCCGGAGUGCGGCAAGCGCUUCCGCCAGCAGUCGCACCUCACGCAGCAUCUGAGGAUCCACACCAACGAGAAGCCCUUCGGCUGCAUGUACUGUCCGCGCUUCUUCCGCCAGAGGACCAUCCUCAACCAGCACUUGCGCAUCCACACCGGCGAGAAGCCCUACAAGUGCACCCAGUGCGGCAAAGACUUCCGACAGAAGGCCAUUCUGGACCAGCACACGCGCACCCACCAGGGGGAUCGACCCUUCUGCUGCCCGAUGCCCAACUGCCGGCGACGCUUCGCCACCGAGAACGAGGUGACCAAGCACAUCGACAACCACAUGAAUCCCAACACCACCAAGGUGCGACGCCAGCAGCAGCAGCACCAGCAGCAACAGCAGCAGCAACAGCAGCAGCAGCAACAGGUGCAGCAGCAACAGCAGCAGCAGCAGCAGGGCAACAGCAACGCGGUGGCACAGGUUGCCUCCGUGGCCAAUCACCUGAUGAACGACGCCAAGAGCCUGGCGGCCCAGCAGUUCCUCAACAACAACAACCCGACGGCGGUGGACAACAAGGCCAACAUCCUGCCGGUGCGGAGCAUAGCGGCCAAUGCCGCGGCCGCAGCCGUCGUCCAGCAGUCGGUGGUGAAGAACGAGCUGUACUUCCCCCAGUGCUAUGGGCCGCCCUUCCAGCACCCCUUCCAGACGCAGCAGCCACAGCAGCCCAGCGUGGCACACGCGAACGGGGGGCCCACGACGCCGGUGACCGUCACGGUGGCCAAUUCGGUGGCGCCCGGCGUGGUGGUGCAGCAGAACCCGUCCGCCUCCGUUGUGGCCCAGUGACAUCCCACCACUGGAGCACCUGGAGCCCAGCAGCAGCAGCAACAACAACAGCAGCAGCAGCAACAGCAACCAACGGCGCCCCAACAGCAACACCAUCCGCCACCCCCACCGCCGCCCACAUCGUCCGCACAUCAUAUCACAGCAGCAGCUGCGGCGGCGGCAGCAGCAGCAGCGGCCUCGCCCACCUCCACGCACGCCUCAUCGGUGGCGGCACCGCAGACGGUGACGCUUUCGAUCACAUUGCCGCCACCGCCGACGUCCCACCCGCCCCAUCCGGGGCAUCCGGGACACCCGGGAGUGCCCAACGGGGUUGCGCCCCCACCGCCGCCCACUCUAACACAUGCGAUACCCAUCCAUCCCCACAUACACUCGAUAUUCGGAUCUCUAUGAUGUCAUCAGUAGGAAGCGCGAGAGAGAGAGAGAAAAGAGGAGCAGGAGCAGAAGCAGUAGAAGUAGCAGGAGAGAGGAGAGGAAAUCAAAAUUGAGGAACACACUAUUCACAAUAUUCGAUAGGUUCGAUAGGUUCGAUAAGUUCUCUAGUUAUAGACGCAUACAAAUUCUCUUAGUUUUUAAAACUAAUCUUUAAUCUUAAAACCACAAAACACAGUUUUGGUAACAGAAAAUCGGGAACGGGACAGAGCAGAGCCGAGUAGAGCGGACGAAGAGUAAGAAAAGAUGAUCGGGAGAAGAGGAGCUGAACCAGGAAAAACAGGAAAACAGGACGAGUACUAGUCUUUUCGAAAAGGACUCUAAACUCCUUUGAUUACGACCAUUAACAUCAAAUGCAAAUGGUUAACGAUUGAGAGCUACAGCGCUACAAAGAGAAGAGCGAGAAUGAGAACCAAAACACAACGUUAUACGAUUCCUUUUUGAUAAUUUCGUUUAAGGACCCUAACACCUCUUAAGACUACCAAUACAUCAAAUAUUUAUACACACAGACACACACACAAACACAAGUUCGUCAGACAUGAAGCUGAGGAUGAUGAUAGGGACGAUGAUUACUGAAACAAUCGACAAGAGUUAUACGAUUUUAGGCGUACACUUAGGAUAACUCAGAUAUAGAGAGAGCGAGAGCAAGAGAGAGAUGGGGGAAUGAACGGAUAGACAGAUAUGGAGUAUGGAGUAUGGAGUGAUACGAGCGAUAGGAGCGAUAGAUAGGGCAGCUAUAGGGGAGAGAAAGAGAGGCGCCACAGACGCUGGCUGGCGCUGAGCAAUUUGUUUUUCGAUGACACAGCAGCUAAGUUUUGAUUUCGUUCUCCAGAUAUGUUGAAGUAUUCGAAUUUUUGUUGAAUGAAUAUGGAUAACCCUUAUUAGAGCCUUCUAAUUUUUUUUUUUUUUUUUUUCAAUUGAUAUGUGAUUUUUGUAUAUGUAUAAAAUAACACUAAAACGCAAUCUAUAAUUAUACAACGAGCAGAAUAAGUUGUAGAAACCUUAGUACAUUGAACUAGGCUUCAUUUGUUGUCUUCCCCAACUAAUUGUGUGUAAUUUAUGUUGAGUUUUUAUUUAGUACGAGUAAUUAGGCAUACGUUUAACCCAAAUAUGUCCACACAAGUGCACGCACAACCAACCCAUAGGCAGACACAAGAUAGAGAGAGAGAGAGGAAGAGAGAGAGAGAGUGAGAAGGCGAACGGGCGGGAAUAGAAUCGAUCUACUAUAUAGCGAACGCAAUUCAAAUGUGACUCUUCAGGUGCCAUACAAUCGAACAAUAGUCAAAAAGUUAUCUGAAUCACCCCACCACCCAAUACUUUUCCCUUUCCCCUUGCCUCGAAUCCGAAUCCGAAUCGGAAUCCAAAUCCAAGUCCAAAACCCAAACCACUGUGUGGAUAUAGAUGACAAAUUUAGUUUCAUAUCAAAUUUUCCAAUGUACCGUCAAAGCAUUUAUGAUUGUUAUUAAUCUUAUAGCGUAUGCUUCCUACGUAAUACGUAUUGAUGGGAUCGCAGAUGGGAUCGCAGAUGGAAGAGCGAGAGUAAGAGCGGGAGAGAGACAGAGAGAGAGAGAGAGAGAGAGAGAGCAGAAAUUAACUCUAGUUUAGUCGUUUCACCUUUGCAAGUACUAUCUACUCAUUAUUUAAUACAUUUAGUGUCUAGCCAAUUAAGUUUCGAUGGAAGUAAAUCGGAGAAAGUGCUCGGAAUACGAUUUGUUUUCGCUGUUUUUUAGGCAUUCAGAUUAUCAAUUAUGUUUGCAUAUAUUAUUUAAUGAUUUCAAAUAAAACAAAAACACAAUUAUUUUAUUUCCGA